GGACUAGGUACGAUCGUUGAACUGAGACAUUGAGCAUUGAGCGUUAACUCAAGGGACACACGGGCGAUUCCACCCAGGCAGACUUGGUGACGUCGUCGGUCUUCAUGCCUUCAUCUCUUCAUUCCUGGACGGCUUCAGGCCCAGGCCCAGACAUAGGACUUGGCGAUUCUGCGGUCUUGGUCUGGGAUUUGCGUUGCUAACCCGCACCGAGUGACUCUCGGAUCCAGCCUCAGCGGCUUUAAGGCGGGAAUCAAUCGUCCCCGGGGAUGUGGGUGCUGGAUCUGCUCGAGAGCAGAAUUGUUUGGACGCUGAUGAUCCCACGGAGCUGACCGCGGGUGGUGUUUGGGUGUUUGGGGUCCAAUCGGGGGCUCUAGAUAGGAUGGUGUUCCGGGCUGAUCCCUGUGGGAUCACUUGCAUCUUGAUGACUUACGCCUGCGUUCUGUACGCGGAUUACGUGGUGGUCCGCUGGAUCAUCUUGGCCACGCAAAUGCACAACAGUCUUUGGGGCGCCUUGAACGCCCUCUUGUUCAAUACCGUGGUAUUCCUGCUGGCCCUGGCCCAUUACCGGGCGGUCACGGCCGAUCCCGGUAUCGUGCCUUUGCCACACCACCGGAUCGACUUUUCCGACGCUCACGCUCGACCCGACCCGGAUGACUUGGCCCCGCCCGAGGUGGAUUGGACCAUUUGCACGCGGUGCGAGAUGUAUCGACCCCCUCGUGCCCAUCAUUGUCGAAUCUGUCAGCGGUGCAUCCGCAAAAUGGAUCACCAUUGCCCGUGGAUCAACAACUGUGUGGGCGAGUUCAACCAAAAAUAUUUUAUUCAGUUCCUGUUCUAUACCGGGGUGUUGGCGGCUUAUGCCGUGAUUUUAGUCGCGUUGUCGUGGUACACGCCUUGUCCCGAGUGCCCCAAAGAUAUUCACAUCAAGCAAACCCGGAUUCUACAUUCGGUCAUCUUGUGUCUGGAAAGUGCGCUCUUCGGCAUGUUUGUGGUAGCCAUUGGCUGUGACCAAUUCGAGGCCAUCUUCUCGGACGAGACUUUAGUAGAGCAAGCCAAACGCCAGGGUCCGUACCGACCACGCAAACCCAAGAUGGCGUUACUGGCCGAGGUGUGCGGCCGCGGUCAUCCACUCACUUGGCUCCUGCCCUGUCAGAGCGUACCGCGGGGCAUUGAGCCCAUUCAUCACUACAGCGUAUGAUCGAGACCCUCAUCCGAUCCAGUGCACUCAUUCUUGAUUGAUUUUUUUUUUGUUUCUUAACGGCACGACCUAGACUAAUCAACGGAUGGACAGCGAAGGUCCGACAUAUCCAACUCAUCCUUGUUCGAUUGGACUUUGAUGUCAGAGUUUGAUCAGCUGGGCUAGUGACGCCUGUGAUAUUGUACAAUAACUGACAUUGUAAGACGGAACCUUUUGACUCUUGGAAUCGAUUAAAAAAGCUACCCGCCCCUUACCGCUCAUUCAAA